AGAACGUUACGUGCAGAACGUGCUUGUAAAGAAAUAAAUACAAUAAAACUACAUCUAAAUAAUUGGUGCUGUGAAUACUUCAUACCUAAGGUUGCAAACAUGGCGCAGUCGACAAGGAACUAAAAGAAAAUAAAGAAAAUACGAGCCCACCGAUUAUACGCAGAAAGUACUGUAAGGCAUGGAGAGGUUAGGUCACCACGCCGCGUAAUAAGUCUCAGUGAAAAUUCCGAAAAUUGCCUUAGUAGUUUUAGAUAGUGUGCAACACAAAUUGCGUGCAUUACUAAUAAUGAAAAAAUGGCAGCAUUCAACAUACCCUACAAAUUAAGCUUGGAAGGAAAUGUGGCCCAAAAUUGGAAAAUUUUUAUACAACAAUUUGAGAUUUAUUUAAUCGCUGCAAAAAAGGAAGCCAAAGCUGACAAAAUCAAAAUCAGUCUUCUCUUGAAUUUCGUCAGUGAAGAGGCUGUAGGGGCGUAUAACACAUUCACAAUAGCUGAAGAAAACAGAGAUAAGUAUGCACUAAUACUUCAAGCAUUUGAAAAUUACUGCAAGCCAAAGAAAAAUCAAAUCAUUGAAAGAUACAAAUUUAACAAAUUAAAGCAGCAAGAUGGAGAAACGAUUGAACAUGUUCUAACGUCACUCAAGAAAGCCGUAAAAAAUUGCGAGUAUGAAGGACAAGAAAAAUCCAUUCUACGAGACAGAGUAGUCUACGGAAUCAAAGAUGCCACACUUCGAGAAAAGCUACUGGAGACCGAUAAGUUAAUCCGAGGAGUUGGGUAGUCCAAUAAGUACAACUGUUGUCAAUGCACUCAAGAGUAAUUUUCAAGACCAGAACAAGUAUCGGUUGAAAAAGAAGCAUGAAAAUAAUUCGAGUGAAAAGUUUAAAAUUUCCCAAAGUGCAAGUGA